UUGACCACAAGACAGUCCUCAAAUUCCCCAUUCCCUUAAUUCCUGGAAGUCAUUCACGGUUUUCCUCUCCACCAACCAAAUCAUUAGCUGGGAGGAUUUCUGUGCUAUUGAAUUACUCUGUGUAUCUUCAAGAUUUAUCGCCCAUUCUGGGUGUGGCUGCGGUUUCUUGAUCUGGAUUGUUGUUUUUAGUGCGUGAAUGCCGAACUUCUGGGUUUUUCUGCGUUAAACUUCGUAAUUUGUACAUUAAUUUCCUGUUUCAAAUUACGCCGAUGACGAUCACGAUGCAGUCGACACCCGGAAGCUCAGGGUAUUUGGAUUUGUAUCCUGAAAGGAAAAUGUUUUUUAAGAACCCUUAUAUUCUCGGUCUCACUGCCGUCGCUGGCAUUGGUGGGCUGCUUUUUGGCUAUGAUACAGGUGUUAUAUCAGGAGCCCUUCUGUAUAUUAAAGAUGAUUUUGUGGAAGUUAGAAAUAGUAGUUUCCUUCAGGAAACAAUUGUUAGCAUGGCAUUGGUUGGUGCAAUUCUUGGGGCAGCAGCAGGUGGUUGGAUCAAUGAUUCUUAUGGACGAAAGAAGGCGACCCUUAUUGCUGAUGUUAUCUUUGCUCUUGGAUCAUUUGUCAUGGCUGCUUCGCCAGGUCCUUAUAUUCUCAUAUUUGGACGUCUUCUAGUUGGUAUUGGUGUGGGUAUAGCAUCUGUCACUGCUCCUGUGUACAUUGCCGAAGCUUCGCCAUCAGAAAUAAGGGGAGGAUUAGUAAGCACAAAUGUGCUUAUGAUAACUGGUGGACAGUUUCUUUCCUACCUUGUAAACCUUGCUUUUACGGAGGUCCCUGGGACUUGGCGAUGGAUGCUUGGAGUUGCAGGUGUGCCAGCAGUUGUGCAGUUCUUCCUCAUGCUCUUCCUACCUGAAUCCCCCAGAUGGCUUUUUAUCAAGAAUAGAACAAAUGAAGCCGUUGUUGUGCUUACUAAGAUUUAUGACUAUGCUCGCUUAGAGGAUGAAGUUGAUUUCCUUACAGCUCAGUAUGAACAAGAAAGCCAAAAGAGGAAUGAUAUCAAAUACUGGGAUGUGUUUAGGUCAAAAGAAAUUAGGCUUGCUUUCCUUGUUGGAGCUGGACUUCAGGCUUUUCAGCAAUUUACAGGUAUAAACACAGUCAUGUACUACAGCCCAACAAUUGUCCAAAUGGCUGGCUUCCGUUCGAAUCAAUUGGCUCUUCUUCUAUCCCUCAUUGUUGCUGGUAUGAAUGCUGCUGGUACAACUCUUGGCAUCUACCUCAUUGAUCAUGCAGGGCGGAAAAAAUUGGCCCUUUCUAGCUUAGCUGGAGUAAUCGCCUCUCUGAUCAUACUUGCUGUGUCAUUUAUUAACCAAUCUUCUGGCUCUGCAAGUAAUUUGUAUGGAUGGCUUGCAAUUGUGGGUUUAGCCAUGUAUAUUGCUUUCUUUUCUCCUGGAAUGGGACCUGUGCCUUGGACUAUGAACUCAGAAAUAUAUCCUGAGGAAUAUCGCGGAAUAUGCGGGGGAAUGUCAGCUACCGUGUGUUGGGUUUCAAAUUUGAUUGUGUCCCAGACCUUUCUAUCAAUUGCUGAUGCCGUAGGGACCGGUCAAACUUUCUUGAUUUUAGCUGGCAUAGCUGUACUGGCCUUUCUCUUUGUGGCUGUGUAUGUUCCAGAGACCAAAGGAUUGACAUUUGAUGAAGUGGAGCUGAUAUGGAAGGAGAGAGCUUGGGGCAAGAAUCCAGACACACAAAGCCUUGUUGGGCGUGGAAAUGAUUCCUAGAUGUACAUCUUUAUUCAUAAGUUUGGUAAGCAAUAUAAAAUUCGAGUGUAGUAGAGAAUCCUAGGCGUGCUCGAGCUUCGUUUCAUGUUAUUUAUUAAUAUGUUAUUCGUCCAAUUAUCUUGCCCGAUGUAAGUCUAUUAAGAGUGCAGUUGUGAGUGAUUAUGGUGGUCAAAUCUAAUACAGCAGCUUGAAUAUGUUGCAAACCAAUGCCAUAUAAGUUGCUGUGUUUCCAGUGCAAUACUCGCAGUUAAUUUAUCAUUCGUAUGGCGGCUUAGUAGUGAGAUGAAAUGAUUGUUUAAUCUUUGCCUUAUUCCGAAAUUUUAAGGGUUUGACAAUGUAUAUUCUCUAUUAAUAUUGGGUGACGUAUGAUAAUGCCUUAUCCUA